AUGGCUGACGCCGCUUCCCGUCACGCAAUAUCUUUCCUAUCUGUGGCGACAACUUCAGAACUAUUGAGCCGCAUGCCUACAGGGGAGACGCUAGAUGACGCUGUGCUGGUGUCGAGUGAUGAUGAAUCUGAUGACGAUUUCUCCGAUAGCCAAUCCAGCACUUCGUCCUUGCCAUCCCUUAACGAGCUUUGGCAGCGUGGUGCUCAGAAACUCGCGCUGGGCAGCACUGAUACCUGCCACGUAAACGCUACUACCGUUUCCAAGCACGAAGAAGGGGAUGAAGGAUUGGAGAAGGGGGCUAAGCCUAAUGACGAAUCAGAGGAGACGUCGCAAGAGGAUAUGCCAGGACUUGGUCAUGGCAACCAGGAUGGCAAGGAGGGUACUGUAGCUACACACUCGUUUCUGAGCCAGCACAGCCCUCCACGAGAUCCCAGUGUGGUAAAUGAAGGCAGCGACACUGACGAAGAUGGGCCGGCAGAGCCUAGAGGGGCGAAGAGCCAGCAGCCGGCAGCGCCUCGUUGCGGAAUCGACGGCACUGGAAGUGAGGAUGGUCAUAAUGGCAACAAACUUGGUCUAGCCGAGAAACCUCGAAAUGGCCUUAAUAACGAUAAUGAUAUCGUCAUGAUGCUGGGAGAGCCAGGCUCCCAAGAUGAAGCUGUGGUUGACGCUGCAGCACAACAACUGCUGCAACCACCCUUCGAGGAUGCCUCUGACACUUUAACGCCCAGACUUGAGGGCCAGUCCCCUCCCGGCUCCCAUCGCAAUACACCUCCCUCAACGCAGCUGCAGGAAGUCGUUGAUCAGCAGAGCACGCCUGUCUCUGACUCAUAUGGCGAAGGCGACGGUGCUUGCAAAGGGCCGCCAGAGGCCAAGCGGAAAUUAAGACCUAGGCCGGCUGCGCUUCAUCAGGUCUUUCGUUCCGCUAGCGAACCCAGCCUCGCUUCUGACGACGAUAGAGCGGAUGAAGUUGAGGACACUAACGAUGACGACUAUACUAGGCGGCCACAAAGAAAACGUCGCAAGAACCGGUCGGGCCUUAAGGCGUCAAGUAAAGGGCAUAAUCGCUCGAACGGCACCAGGAAAUGCUCCGGUCAACACAACCUUUCCACGCCGCCAUCUUCGAAGGGUAAUAGCGACGAGGAGUAUGCUACAGGGACGCCUACCGCGGCGUUCGAGGAGUGGCCACUUCAGGACGCUGUUCUAAAGCGUGUCACGGAAGGCGGCCAGAUGACCUUUCAAUUCCUAGGGGACCAGCCAUCCGCUUUCUCUAUGAAGCGAGGCAUGCUGAGCGCAGCCGAUUCCGACGCAGGAGACUUUAUGCAAGAUGAUGACGAAGUGCAAGAUGGCGACGAAGAAUAUGUCGUGGAGCAGAUCCGGGCCAGCAGAUCCGGGCCCACAGAUUCACCAAGCCUGGCAAUCAAGGCCUUGAGCUCCGCGUCAAAUGGCGCAAAACUCCAAGAUUCACUUAGGAAUCAGUAAAACUGAUGGAAAAUAAGGAGGCAUACGACACAUAUCUGAAGGAUAAUGACAUCUUCCGACCUUCCCAAGCACGUAAACGUGGUCGACCGAAAAAAUCCGCAAUCGACGAUAAUUUUAUCACGCGCACUCCAUAAGUUUUCUGGUCAAGGAUAAUCUUUCCGUCUCAGAAAUACAAAUAUCAACGGCAUUCUAAUAAUCGAUAACAUAGUCCUGCGAUGGAAGCCGUUAUUGUUAAUUAAAUGCUAACCAGUUACCGGUUGAGAC